UCCAUGGUGGCUUUUUUAAGAGACCCCACAGGAGCCCCUCUUUGGGAGGAGAACCCAGAAGCUAAAGAUGUUGUUCAUGUAGAAACUGAGAAAGUAAGUACAGAAAUAACACAUUGUCUUACAACAAGGUGCAUCUGCAUGGUCAUGUGUAUUUACUGGCACAAUAUGGACACGUCGUUCAGUUCAUAACGGAAAUAGGUUGAGAUGGCAGACCUGGGUUAAAAUAUGCGUAUUUGUACAGUACCAGUCAAAAGUUUGGACACACCUACUCAUUCAAAGGUUUUUCUUUAUUUGUACUAUUAUUCUACAUUGUAGAAUAAUAGUGAAGACAUCAACUAUGACAGAGUCACCAGCAAAGCACCCCCACACCAUCACACCACCUCCUCCAUGCUUCACGGUGGGAACCACACAUGCGGAGAUCAUCCGUUCACCUAUGGAAUCAUGUCGUAACCAAAAAAGUGUUAAACAAAUCAAAAUAUAUUUUAAUAGCCACCCUUUGCCUUGAUGACAGCUUUGCACACUCUUGGCAUUGUCUCAACCAGCUUCACCUGGAAUGCUUUUCCGACAGUCUUGAAGGAGUUCCCACAUAUGAGCACUUGUUGGCUGCUUUUCCUCCACUCUGCGGUCCGACUCAUCCCAAACCAUCUCAAUUUGGUUGAGGUCGGGGGAUUGUGGAGGCCAGGUCAUCUGAUGCAGCACUCCAUCAAUCUCCUUCUUGGUAGAAUAGCCCUUACACAGCCUGGAAGUGUGUUUUGGGUCAUUGUCUUGUUGAAAAACAAAUGAUAGUCCCACUAAGGGCAAACCAGAUGGGAUGGCGUAUCGCUGCAGAAUGCUGUGGUAGCCAUGCUGAUUAAGUGUGCCUUGAAUUCUAAAUAAAUCACAGACAGUUUCACCAGCAAAGCACCCCCACACCAUAACACCUCCUCCUCCAUGCUUUACGGUGGGAAAUGCACAUGCGGAGAUCAUCCGUUCACCCACACCGCUUCUCACAAAGUCACGGCGGUUGGAACCAAAAACCUCCAAUUUGGACUCCAGACCAAAGGACAAAUUUCCACCGGUCUAAUGUCCAUUGCUCGUGUGUCUUGGCCCAAGCAAGUCUCUUCUUAUCAUUGGUGUACUUUAGUGGUUUCUUUGCAGCAAUUCGACCAUGAAGGCCUGAUUCACAGUCUCCUCUGAACAGUUGAUGUUGAGAUGUGUCUGUUACUUGAACUCUGAAGCAUUUAUUUGGGCUGCAAUUUCUGAGGCUGGUAACUCUAAUGAACUUAUCCUCUGCAGCAGAGGUAACUCUGGGUCUUCCAUUCCUGUGGCGGUCCUCAUGAGAGCCAGUUUCAUCAUAGCGCUUGAUGGUUUUUGCGACUGCACUUGAGGAAACGUUCAAAGUUCUUGAAAUCUUCCAGAUUUACUGACCUUCAUGUCUUAAAGUAAUGAUGAACUGUCAUCUCUCUUUGCUUAUUUGAGCUGUUCUUGCCAUAAUAUGGACUUGGUCUUUUACCAAAUAGGGCUAUGUUCUGUAUACUGAUUUGCUCCAACGCAUUAAGAAGGAAAGAAAUUCCACAAAUUAACUUUUAAGAAGGCACGCCUGUUAAUUGAAAUGCAUUCCAGGUGACUACCUCAUGAAGCUGAUUGAGAGAAUGCCAAAAGUGUGCAAAGCUGUCAAGGCAAAGGGUGGCUAUUUGAAGAAUCUCAAAUAUAAAAUAUAUUUUGAUUUGUUUAACACUUUUUUGGUUACUACAUGAUUCCAUAUGUGUUAUUUCAUAGUUCUUAUGUCUUCCCUAUUAUUCUACAAUGUAGAGAAUAGUAAAUAAAAUAAAGAAAAACCCUUGAAUGAGUAGGCGUUCUAAAACUUUUGACCGGUAGUGUAUAUAAAAAAUUAAUCUGAUAAAUAGCCUACUAUUUGAAACUAUUUUAAAAUACCUGUUUCCAAAUACAUUAUUUUAAAUACCCCUAGGACAAACAGACCUGGUUUAAAAUGCAUGUAGUAUUUAAAUAUUUAUAUGUUCAAAUACAGUGGCUUGCGAAAGUAUUCACCCUUCUUGUCAUUUUUCCUAUUUUGUUGCCUUACAACAUGGAAUUAAAAUUGAUUUUUGGGGGGGUUUGCAUCAUUUGAUUUACACAACAUGCCUUCCACUUUGAAGAUUCAAGAAAUAAGACAAAAAAACAGAACUUGAGCGUGCAUAACUAUUCAGCCACCUUUUACAGCAACUACAGCUGCAAGUCUCUUGGGGUAUGUCUCUAAGCUUGGCACAUCUAGCCACUGGGAUUUUUGCCCAUUCUUCAAGGCAAAACUGCUCCAGCUCCUUCAAGUUGGAUGGGUUCCACUGGUGUACAGCAAUUUUUAAGUCAUACCACAUAUUUUCAAUUCGAUUGAGGUCUUGGCUUUGACUAGGCCAUUCCAAGACAUUUAAAUGUUUCCCCUUAAACCAAUCAAGUGUUGCUUUAGCAGUACGCUUAGGGUCAUUGUCCUGCUGGAAGGUGAACGUCUGUCCCAGUCUCAAAUCUCUGGAAGACUGAAACAGGUUUCCCUCAAGAAUAUCCCUGUAUUUAGCACCAUCCAUCAUUCCUUCAAUUCUGACCAGUUUCCCAGUCCCUGCCGUUGAAAAACAUCCCCACAGCAUGAUGCUGCCACCACCAUGCUUCACUGUGGAGAUGGUGUUCUCUGGGUGAUGAGAGGUGUUGGGUUUGCGCCAGACAUAGCGUUUUCCUUGAUGGCCAAAAAGCUCAAUUUUAGUCUCAUCUGACCAGAGUACCUUCUUCCAUAUGUUUGGGGAGUCUCCCACAUGGCUUUUGGCGAACACCAAACGUGUUUGCUUAUUUUUUUCUUUAAGCAAUGACUUUUUUUCUGGCCACUCUUCCGUAAAGCCCAGCUCUGUGGAGUGUAUGGCUUAAAGUGGCCCUAUGGACAGAUACUCCAAUCUCCGCUGUAGAGAUUUGCAGCUCCUUCAGGGUUAUCUUUGGUCUCUUUGUUGCCUCUCUGAUUAAUGCCCUCGGUGCCUGGUCCAUGAGUUUUGGUGUGCGGCUCUCUCUUGGCAGGUUCGUUGUGGUGCCAUAUUCUUUCAAUUUUUUAAUAAUGGAUUUAAUGGUGCUCCGUGGGAUGUUCAAUGUUUAGGAUAUUUUUUUAUAACCCAACCCUGAUCUGUACAACUUUGUCCCUGACCUGUUUGGAGAGCUCCUUGGUCUUCAUGGUGCCCCUUGCUUAGUGGUGUUGCAGACUCUGGGGCCUUUCAGAACAUGUGUAUAUAUACUGAGAUCAUGUGACAGAUCAUGUGACACUUAGAUUGCACACAGGUGGACUUUAUUUAACUAAUUAUGUGACUUCUGAAGGUAAUUGGUUGCACCAGAUCUUAUUUAGGGGGUUCAUAGCAAAGGGGGUGAAUACAUAUGCACGUACCACUUUUCCGUUAUUUAUUUUUUUUGAAUUUUUUGAAACAAGUUAUUUUUUUCAUUUCACUUCACCAAUUUGGACUAUUUUGUGUACGUCCAUUACAUGAAAUCCAAAUAAAAAUCUAUUUAAAUUACAGGUUGUAAUGCAACAAAAUAGGAAAAAUCCAAGGGGGAUGAAUACUUUUGCAAGGCACUGUACAUGCCAACUUUCCAAGUGUAUUUCCAAAUACAUUCCAAUAUUCUAUACUUGUAUUUUCAAAUACAAAAUAUAUAAAUACGUACCUCUAAAUGCCUUUGAAACAACUUGAAAAUCCCUAAAUAGUAUUUGAAACCAGGUCUUAAUUACCAUCAACCCACAGACCAAUACCUUAACAUCCCUUCAAAUGUGUGAGCCGAGAGAUUCUGUCCACUCUACCCUCUAACCUGCCACCUUGAUGCAUCCCAAGCUGACAGCACAGAUCAAUAUAGAAAAAACAACACAUGAAAGCAGACCAGACCAGAAAGCUGAAAAACUCUGCAGUUCACUUAAGUUAAGUUCAAACAGAAUCUUUUAAUGGAGAGUUAGUCUGACUGCAGUCGGCACUCUCACAGACGGCUCUCCAACAGUGAGGCUGACGCUCCAUCAGAACCCAGCUCCGCACAAAAGGGACACACACAUACACACCCACACACAAAGGAAAGUUAUUUUGAUCCUAUUUUCUACUCAUCUACUUGGUGGCGUACCAUGCCUGGGGGUGUUGAGGGAUGUCAGCAGCUUCUACCGAAUGAGAGUUUCAGGAAGUGCAGGAGGUGAUGAGGAAGGAUGAAUAAAGAGGUAGGAGAAGAGAAGAGCCCACCCUCUGUGCAGAUUGAUCUCCUUCUCUCCAUCAAAAGGCAUCUAGUCAAACACUGUCUACUUCUGAUGGUGUAUUGAUGAGCAAGUUUGUCAGUAUCGGUGUUCUUGUGAUAACUCUUGGUGUUGUCUUAUGUCAGACUUUCGUCUGCAAUGAGGGACUAGCGUCAUGUAGGAGUGACUCCACCUGUCGGAAGACAGUGAAUUCUUGGUUUUAAAGAUGACACAGGUCGCUUUGAUUUUAGUGACCCAUAGGAAGCCACAUAUACUGACGGAAAAGGACAGUUCACAUUCUGCAAGAUGACCUCUGCUGAGUUCACUAGUUCUACUAUAGAUCAUAUUUCUCACUACUCUUCUCUUUUCUCACUCAGGACUUUAGAAAGCUUCUGAAGAGGGAGGAGAGGCCAAUCCUCAUGAUGCUCUACGCCCCAUGUGAUUCAUCACACACACACACACACACACACACACACACACACACACACACACACACCUGAUAUCACUUAUCGUCGGGAUAAGAGCAAAUAGUUCCUAUUUGUAGAUAAUCUUUAAUGACUUGCAUAGAAUAUACACUACCGGUCAAAAGUUUUAGAACACCUACUCAUUCAAGGGUUUUUCUUUAUUUGUACUAUUUUCUACAUUGUAGAAUAAUAGUGAAGACAUCAAAACUAUGAAAUAACACAUUUGGAAUCAUGUAGUAACCAAAAAAGUGUUAAACAUAUCAAAAUAUAUUUGAUAUUUGAGAUUCUUCAAAUAGCCACCCUUUGCCUUGAUGAUAGCGUUGCACACUCUUGGCAUUCUCUCAACCAGCUUCAUGAGGUAGUCACCUGGAAUGCAUUUAAAUUAACAGGUGUGCCUUCUUAAAAGUUAAUUUGUUGGAUUUCUUUCCUUCUUAAUGCGUUUGAGCCAAACAGUUGUGUUUUGUUGUGACAAGGUAGAGGGGUAUACAGAAUAUAGCUCUAUUUGGUAAAAGACCAAGUCCAAAUUAUGGCAAGAACAGCUCAAAUAAGUAAAGAGAAAUGAUAGUCCAUCAUUACUUUAAGAGAUGAAGGUCAGUCAAUACGGAACAUUUCAAGAACUUUGAACGUUUCUUCAAGUGCAGUUGCAAAAACCAUAAAGCGCUAUGAUGAAACUGGCUCUCAUGAGGACCACCACAUGAAUGGAAGACCAAGAGUUGCCUCUGCUGCAGAGGAUAAGUUCAUUAGAGUUACCAGCCUCAGAAAUUGCAGCCCAAAUGAAUGCUUCACAGAGUUCAAGUAACAGACACAUCUCAACAUCAACUAUUCAGAGGAGACUGUGUGAAUCAGGCCUUCAUGGUCAAAUUGCUGCAAAGAAACCACUACUAAAGGACACCAAUGAUAAGAAGAGACUUGCUUGGGCCAAGAAACACGAGCAAUGGACAUUAGACUGGUGGAAAUGUGUCCUUUGGUCUGGAGUCCAAAUGUUGCUGACUUUCUACAAUGUAAAAAAUUAAGAAAAACCCUUGAAUGAGUAGGUGAUCUAAAACUUUUGACCGGUAGUGUACGUCAUCAGAGAACUCCGUCAAGAUGGGAAAUUAAACUUAGGUCAUCCCAAAUGGCACCCUAUGCCCUUCAUAGUGCACUACUUUUGUCAAAAGUGGAAUUAGGGUGCCAUUUGGGACGUCGUGUUACAGUAAGCAGAGAGAGUUUGGGGAAGUGAUGUGGUGGUAGAGGGAGGUCCCUUAAGGCUCUCUAGGACUGGUCCUUUUCCCUCAGUGCUAGACUCUACCAUUGUAUCUUGUCAUUGAUUUUGAUAAUCAGGUACAGUGAGGGAAAAAAGUAUUUGAUCCCCUGCUGAUUUUGUAAGUUUGCCCACUGACAAAGAAAUGAUCAGUCUAUAAUUUUAAUGGUAGGUUUAUUUGAACAGUGAGAGACAGAAUAACAACAAAAAAAUCCAGAAAAACGCAUGUCAAUAAUGUUAUAAAUUGAUUUGCAUUUUAAUGAGGGAAAUAAGUAUUUGACCCCCUCUCAAUCAGAAAGAUUUCUGGCUCCCAGGUGUCUUUUAUACAGGUAACGAGCUGAGAUUAGGAGCACACUCUUAAAGGGAGUGCUCCUAAUCUCAGCUUGUUACCUGUAUAAAAGACACUUGUCCACAGAAGCAAUCAAUCAAUCAGAUUCCAAACUCUCCACCAUGGCCAAGACCAAAGAGCUCUCCAAGGAUGUCAGGGACAAGAUUGUAGACCUACACAAGGCUGGAAUGGGCUACAAGACCAUCGCCAAGCAGCUUGGUGAGAAGGUGACAACAGUUGGUGCGAUUAUUCGCAAAUGGAAGAAACACAAAAGAACUGUCAAUUUUCAUCGGCCUGGGGCUCCAUGUAAGAUCUCACCUCGUGGAGUUGCAAUGGUCAUGAGAACGGUAAGGAAUCAGCCCAGAACUACACGGGAGGAUCUUGUCAAUGAUCUCAAGGCAGCUGUGACCAUAGUCACCAAGAAAACAAUUGGUAACACACUACGCCAUGAAGGACUGAAAUCCUGCAGCAGCCGCAAGGUCCCCCUGCUCAAGAAAGCACAUAUACAUGCCCGUCUGAAGUUUGCCAAUGAACAUCUGAAUGAUUCAGAGGAGAACUGGGUGAAAGUGUUGUGGUCAGAUGAGACCAAAAUUGAGCUCUUUGGCAUCAACUCAACUCGCCGUGUUUGGAAGAGGAGGAAUGCUGCCUAUGACCCCAAGAACACCAUCCCCACCGUCAAACAUGGAGGUGGAAACAUUAUACUUUGGGGGUGUUUUUCUGCUAAGGGGACAGGACAACUUCACCGCAUCAAAGGGACGAUGGACGGGGCCAUGUACCGUCAAAUCUUGGGUGAGAACCUCCUUCCCUCAGCCAGGGCUUUGAAAAUGGGUCGUGGAUGGGUAUUCCAGCAUGACAAUGACCCAAAACACACGGCCAAGGCAACAAAGGAGUGGCUCAAGAAGAAGGACAUUAAGGUCCUGGAGUGGCCUAGCCAGUCUCCAGACCUUAAUCACAUAGAAAAUAUGUGGAGGGAGCUGAAGGUAGAGUUGCCAAACGUCAGCCUCAAAACCUUAAUGACUUGGAGAAGAUCUGCAAAGAGGAGUGGAACAAAAUCCCUCCUGAGAUGUAUGCAAACCUGGUGGCCAACUACAAGAAACGUCUGACCUCUGUGAUUGCCAACAAGGGUUUUGCCACCAAGUACUAAGUCAUGUUUUGCAGAGGGGUCAAAUACUUAUUUCCCUCAUUAAAAUGCAAAUUAAUUUAUAACAUUUUUUACAUGCGUUUUUCUGGAUUUUUUUUUUAUUAUUCUGUCUCUCACUGUUCAAAUAAACCUACCAUUAAAAUUAUAGACUGAUCAUUUCUUUGUCAGUGGGCAAACAUACAAAAUCAGCAGGGGAUCAAAUACUUUUUUCCCUCACUGUAUUUAUUGAAUAGAAUCAUUCAUUAAAUGUUCAACCAGGCUCCUCCGGCCAAAUUGGAAGAUUCGUUUUAUUUUUACAUUAAACUUUAAAAUGUAUUUCCAGCUUUUUCAUAACAAUGCAUGUUUUUUAUAGUAUUUCGCCUGUGAGGAUUAAAUCUUAACAAUUGGCCAUUUCUAGUUGUAUGAAGGAAAAACACUGGGUCCUUGGAAUGAAUGAUCAUAUUGCAGUAGUUUUUAUUAUUAUUAUUAUUAUUAUUGUAUUGGUUCCAUCAUCAUGAUAAAUCAUGCACUACUACAAAGUUCUAUUCAUAUUUAUUGGUCCCUUGAUAGAAUGAUGAAAUUAUGGAAAUCCUUUUUGUUCAGUAUGUUGACUAGCUGAGUCCUUGGAGUGCUUCUGUAAUGUCUUCUGUUAUUUUUCCUACAGGGUGUGGUGUCUGUAAGAGGAUGCAGCCCGUAUUUCAACAGGCAGCUACAGAGACCAAGGGUAAAUUUGUAAGUAAAAUCCUCUCACAUUUUCAUUGCUUAAAAUCCUAACAUUUUGUCACCUGGUGAAAAUCCUAACACAUUGUUGCCGGUCUCUGAUUUAGUUUUUGGGUUAGUUGUCAAGUAGUUAUGUCCAAAACAUUCCCAUUCUCAGUUCUAAGACAGCUCAAAUCAGUUCAUCCGGUCAAAUUAAUAAACGUAUUCAGUUGCUUGCCUGUCUACCAUAGCCCCUCUUCUUGGUAGAAUGGUCUUUUGAAUGCACUGAAGCUCUCCUUUAACCAUGAUCACUUAAAGGGAUACUUCAGGAGUUUGGCGAUGAAGCACUUUAUCUACUUCCCCAGAGUAGGGUUGCGCGGUAUCUAGAUUUUCAUACUGUCUUACCGUUUCUGUACCAUACCGGGGUAUAUAUACGGUAUUACAGAAUGUGCACACAAGGGGCGCUAUUUAAAAAAAAAAAAAAAAGGUGUAAUUAAUUUUUUGGGGGGGGGACGCACAAAACAAUUUAGGCAACAGGGAUAUUGAUCCAGGAGAGGGUUGAAUGUAUCUGCUGUAACCAAUAAGUUUGAUCUUGACAUCUAGCCACUUAGCUAGCAAGUUAGCAAACCAGAUGCAUAGCUGGAGCCCUGAGCUGGAAAUAAUUUAUUUGACACAUCUUAGAUUUCUUAUAGUUGUACUUAACUUCUAGUUAGUUAUAAGCAGUGGCGUAGCAUGCAUCUCGCAGCCCCCACAUUUGGUUCCGGGGCUAAAAUAAAACGGCUCAACAAGGAAGUCGACUAGUCUACCACAGAUCGAUAUCACAUAAGAGAAACCCCCAUGUGACCACCUAGAAAAACAAAGACAGCGUGUUUAUCACAAACACUCAUCCUCAAGCAAAGCAGAGAUACAGCAGAAACAGUCGGAGGGGAGAAAAUACACCCAGCUACCGCUUAGAAACACACCUUGCUGCAUGAUGUAGUCCCUUGUAGCUCAGUUGGUAGAGCAUGGCGUUUGCAACGCCAGGGUUGUGGGUUCGUUUCCCACGGGGGACCAGUAUGAAAAAAUAAAAUGUAUGCACUCACUAACUGUAAAUCGCUCUUAAGAUAUUCUGUAAGAGAAAACAAUGUAUUCACUGCUGAGAGUCUGAAGGGAGAAAGUACACCCAGUGCUUAAACAUACAGGAGAGGCUUCUUUCUUUUAGAGAAAACAAUGUAAUUGCUCCGUGUGUUUGCCUCAUGGAGCUGCAUGGAAAAGAAUGGGAUCUAAUUGAAGGUGUUUUUGGUUGCGUCCCAAAUGCCACCCUAUUCCCUAUAAAGUGCUGAUAUGCCCAGGUCAAAAGUAGUACACUGUAUAGGGUGCUAUUUGGGACACAUACAUUGUCUGAUUUCAGCAAGGCAGGCUGACGAUGAGUGAAUAAAUAAGCCUCUUGUUUAGCGAUUUGCAUAAUCGAUGCAUUUAGCUCUCAUGUACACACACAACAAGUGGAGUGUUCUGUGAUGUGUGUGUGGUGUGGUGUGCGAAGACCUGAUAGCAGAAGAUAAGUGAUUUUGGAGCGCAAACAACGGUCAGCCAAGUCAUCCAACACAUUUUUCCCCAAAUCGUCACAGAUGUAGGAAGAGAGAGGAGGAGAUUAUUUCCCCUAAAAAGUUUAUUUUAGUUCCUCAUCAAGCUUGACUAUGAGCCAAGUCUUCAUAAAAGAAUAAGAAAGUCCAUAUCACACCCAAGUAAUGAAACAUUCACAUUAUGAAGGCAGGGAACCUCACAGAUUGAAAUUGAUUUGGCAGAUGAGUUGCGUUGAGCUUUUUGAAUUGCCCUUUGAAAGCUAACCUAGGGAAAUUAUUACUAUGCAUAUUUCAUUGUCCCUUUUCAUCAAACAUCUGGUUUUCAUGUCUCGUUCUGUUUACAUGGUUUCCCCUCCUUUGAGUCAUUUAUCUUCAUUUAGUUUAACUUUGUGUUGGUGUUUCUAUGAUGAACUAACCUGUUGUGUGUGUGUGUGUGUGUGUGUGUGUGUCUCCGCUUGUGUCUCCGCUUGUGUCUCCGCUUGUGUCUCCGCUUGUGUCUCCGCUUGUGUGUCCGUGUGUGUGUCCGUGUGUGUGUCCGUGUGCUCCCUGUGUGUCUGGUCUUAAGGUGCUGGCCGGGAUGAACGUGCACCCAGCUGAGUUUGACAGCCUCAAGCAGGAGUACAAUGUCAAGGGCUACCCGACCUUCUGCUACUUCGAGUGAGUCUAUCUCAUCCGUCUCACUAUAGGCUACCAUACGUGCACACACACACCCCACGACGCAAUCACUCAUACUGUUUCCAUUAACAGGCGGCCCAGGGGCAUAGUUGUGGUCAAUUUUGCAGUGUAUAAAGUAUAAUAAUUAUGUUCUGGUCCUCCGACCAUUCGCUUCGACUAAAAUCGGCCCGCGGCUGAAUCUAGUUGCCUACCCCUGAAUUAGGGCUUCAGAAGUUCUAGCAGCAGGGAAUCAAGUAGGUGGAAUGGAGGAUAGAGAGAAGGUGGAGGUGGUGGGUCUGUCUGUAGGCACUGGCAGACCUCACUCCCCCCUUCCUUCCUUUUCACAGGAGGCAAGGGUGGCACCAGAUGUUCUGAAUCUGUUUAUCACUUAAGAAAGUUUCUUUGCGGUGUUGGUUGGGUCUUAAAGUAUUCUGUUUGAAGCAGGCUCACAAUGGGGGGCUCUUGCUGUGGCUGGCUGGGGAGGACAUAGGCCUGGUGUCUAGUGGGUUUCUUGGCUGUUGGUUCAAAGACAUCUGGCCAUCUGAAGGAGGUUGGGGUGUGGGCUUUCUCUCUCCUCUGAGCUGCCUCACCGUCCCCAAGUCUCAGACAUCACACAUCAGGGGGUCCUAGAAGUAACUGUUACGACAGACUCAAAGUGCACUCAGACACUGUCAGGCUGACCCUGGAUCACCUCUGUCAACUCAAACGGUCUCUUGUGAACUGUGUUUCUCUCAAAAGCCUCCAGCCUCUACCUCCAGCCCUAUAGUCAGCUCUCCAGCCCAGCCUCAACACUUAGCAGCGUUAUCCUCUCCAUCUCAGUAUUAAGGAUUGUGUCAUCUCAGGUAGCUUAGUGGUUAAGAGCGUUGUGCCAGUAACCGAAAGGUCGCUGGUUCUAAUCCCCGAGCCGACUAGGUGAAAAAUCUGUCGAUGUGCCCUUGAGCAAGGCACUUAACCCUAAUUGCUCCUGUAAGUCGCUCUGGAUAAGAGCGUCUGCUGAAUGACCAAUUAUUUUUAUUAUUAUCUCUCUCAGCCCUUUAAUUAAUGAUGGGCUAAUUAAUCAGAGUCCUUAGCCUUGGCCCAGGGGGAGAGGUGGGGCUAACGAACUUACAGUGCCUAACGACCAUGCAGCACCAUUGGUUACAGUAAUGAGACUCUUUCUCUCACUGAUAAACAUGAGCGCAUCAGCCCAGGAACCAAUCAUUGCUGCUCCUAGAAUUAUCUUUCUUUCAGUCUUGCUGUUCAAGCUCCUUUUCAAAUGCCUUUUUUUUCCAGUGAAGAGUGGGUGUAUCUAAGGAGAGCAAGGGGACACAGUUAAACAUUUUGGUAACACUUAAAGCCUGCAGCUAUAAUGCUUUCUAACUUGUUAGAUAAUUGUAUCAUAAUACAUUAUACAUGCAUGUCAAGUGUUUCCAACAUUUUUGCUGAGCUAAAAUGAAAAGGUAAGCAUCCAGGCCCUCUCCCUCUGUGCCUCUUAAACUACAUGUGAUGUGUGGCGCUAAUACUGUACGGCUGCUGUUUUCCAUUUGACAUUACAUUAUAUUGGCCCGAUGUUCACGGCUCCCUACAGAUCAGUGACAGUUACAAAUUACUAUGAUCUGCAGGCAUUAGGUUCAGCUGGAGCAGCUAGUGCUCUGCUCGCUUCCUACCCACCGCCACCGCCACUGAUUCAUUUCAGUCUCAGGAGAUCAGAAAAGAUAAAGAAGCUAUUACAUGAGGAUCUGUUUCCAUGUGGGAAGACCCACAUAGAUAUCCACACAAUUAGAAUUUUAGCUACUGUUUUUAGCCAAUUUAUAAUGCAUGGUGAGGGGACAAUACAAGACAUGCACUUCUACAAGAUGUGCUCUUUUAACUAGUGGUACAUUUUAGGAGAAGGUAAAACAAUUCAUGUUGAGCUUUUUUGUUUGAGCUUUUCCUUCUUGUCACAAAACACUUCCUUUGUUUCCUUUCCACAACAGUGACCCAGGUCUCUCUGAUGUACUGUAUUUCUCUCUGAGGAAACUAUGUCCUCUGGACAUAAAAUGCACUUUCAUAGAGGCACCUCUUUCAGUGUAGUCAGUAGGUUACAUUGUAGUUUUUCCAUAGUUCUUAGAACACCUAGAAGCUGAACUCAGAAUGUUGUGCAACACACAUGACAUGGAUUAGUGUGUUUCCUAAAUAUAGUAAUUAUUCUGGGAGAUACUGAACUAGCCAGCAGAUGUUUUAUAGCUGUUUUAUAUUCCCUCUCUCUCUCUCUCUCUCUCUCUCUCUCUCUCUCUCUCUCUCUCUCUCUCUCUCUCUCUCUCUCUCUCUCACUCUCACUCACACUCUCUCUUUCACUCACACUCUCUUUCUCUCUCACUCACACUCUCUCUUUCUCACUCACUCACUCACACUCUCUCUUUCUCUCUCUCUCUCUCUCUUUCACUCUUACUCUCUCUCUCUCUCUUUAGAAAGGGGAAGUUCCUGCACCACUAUGAAAACUACGGCGGCACAGCCAAGGACAUCGCUGACUGGAUGAAGAAGUGAGAGUUCAACCUAUUCCCUUCCUGCCUUCCUUCCGCCUCAAUCACUUUCCCCUCGUAAAAUAGGGUCAGGAGGUUUUCCUGACCGGGGGUUAGGGACCGGACCUAGGAAAAACUCUAUGUUCCUGUGUGGCUCAGUUGGUAAGAGCGUGGUGUUAGCAAGGCCAAUGAAAUGAAAAUGUAUACCGGUACACUUGCUGUACUGUAACUCGCUUUGGAUAAAAGCAUCUGCUAAGUGGCAUAUUAAGCCUGCACGGAGAGUUUAUCAACAUACCCUGUGGUCUCACCUCGUAAUGUCCCCACUCACUCUACUCCCGGGUUGGCUCUCCCAUUCUCACACUCUUUUGACUGUCCACCGUGCUCUAGUCUAUUGAAAGGGCACGGAGCAUAUUUCACAGCUAUUGCAGGAAACAGAGACAGAGAGGAAACAGACUGUUUGAGUUUCCAGUGGCUCUCACAGGCAGAUGCUUCAAGGCAUGAAAGCUUUCCUCUCCUUGGAGUACACUAACCGCUUCAGAAACAAUCCCACGGUAUAUACCCAUGACACACACACCCAUGCACAUGCACACACACACACACACACACACACACACACACACAUCAAGCAUCUGUUCGUGAACACUGUAGAAAUGAUCCUGACUCAGUCUUCCUCUAGGGUCCAGUAUGACCUGCUAGGAGGUCUGUAGUACUAAUAGUUAAUGAUCCAAUAUCCUUAGUGAACAUUACAUGCCUCUGUGGAUGGCCUCACAACAUCACCUCUGCAAGAUGGGCUGAACCUGAACGAGCAGAGAAUAAACUCUGCAGAGGUUGGCUUUUAGAUUCCUCCAUGGUAGCAUUAUGGGCUGUCUGUCAUUAUGGAAGAGAGCGCUAACACCAUACACACACACCAUACACACACCAUACACACACACACACACAAAAAGUGGUCCAGCAGCAGUCAUUAGUAGGCUAGCUAAGUAAUAAGGAAGUGCACCUGAUGUUGCCUAGAAACGAACUGGGCAUCUGGCUAUGAAUGAGUACUGUGAAUAAGUAUCAACCUGCUGUGCAUGUUAAUAUAUUGGAGAUGACAUACAGUACUCUGGAGCACACUGUCUAGGAGCUGUAGACCUGUAACCACAUCCCAGUUGCACAUUGUGACAUUUUAAAACAGAUAUCCAACCGCCUAGGGUAAUUUACACGUGCUGUAGGCGGUUGUGUUAUUAACACUCGUACAUCUUCUCCUGGACUAGUGGCUAGUAGGAGUAAAAGACUGGAAGAAGUGGCGUGUGUGUGUGACUCCACUUGGUCUUGGCAGUGCUAGGGAGGGCUCUGUCAUACGGGUGUGACCACUACAGGCCAGAUGUGUCUGACAUGACGUGAGAUGGAGUAUGAGCUACAGUACAGCUGGGCCUGCCCCUAGUCAUAACAUACAUGUUUUAGCUCACUUCUCUGCUCUUUAAAUGGCCCUCUCUCUCGCUCUCUGUCUCUCUCAUUCUCUCUCUCCUCUCUCUCACUCCCACCACCCUCUCACCUGUCUCUCUCCCCUCUCCAGGCCCCAGCCCCCCCAGCCGAAGGUCCCAGAGGUCCAGUGGUCGGAGACUGACUCCCCUGUCUUCCACCUGACUGACGACUCCUUCGAUGGGUUCCUGUUGGAACACCCGUCUGCCCUGGUCAUGUUCUACGCUCCAUGUGAGUAGCCUAACACACACACAUACUCAAAGUAACAGGCUAUGAUGACAUGAUAAGGUUUGCAUAAGCUUCAUCAUAUCAUUGCUAGAGCUUAUGCAACAGACUGCUAUUGUUACAAACACUUUGUAAAAGUGCCAAAGUUUAAAUCUUCAGUUGGUUAGAUUUUCAUUGCAAAACAUCCUCAGCUUCAUCCAAAACUCAUCUGAUCAUUGAGGAGAGAAGCAGGUAAACGUCAGGGGGAUGUUUUGACAGAGUUGAAAAGCAGUGAUAUUGUCACAGCGCACCGUAUCACUUCAAAUAUAUGCAAAUGCACAUUUCAAAACGCAUUUUGGAAUGCAAUAGUCAUGCAACUGAAUCGUGCACUGUUACACUCUGAAUCUGCCUAGGCAAUGCAAUAUUUAAGGUUUCGAAAACAAUCCACACGUAUUGCGAGUAGUACAGUCUUGUUUGACUCUACCUCAACUGGCUCAAAAACUAGGGUUUUUCAGCACUUUCAAAUCUUGCCCUCUUGUCUGCUGACCUCUUCCUCCCUGCUGGUCCUCCCUUAGGCCCUCUUUACUUUGCCUGUCAUCCUGGUACCCACCCAUGGUAUAUAAAGGACCAUGACUCACUGGGGGUAAAAGUCCCAUUUAUAUGGCUCCUUGUUAUAACACAGAAAAGCCAGCUAGACCAACCCACCCUCUCCCAUGGUGCCCUGCCUCUCACAAUGGGCAUCCUGGCUGGCACUCUUCACUUGGAACUGCUGUGGCCACUCACUGAGACGCCCAAGCCAAGAGCAACCAGCUGAUACAAGCACAUCAGGCAGGCAUUUCAGCUCUCUCAAACACACACACACACAGGAGCCCCUCCUAGCACUGCCAAGACCAAGUGAAUGCACACACACACACAAAAUAACACACACACACAUCAACACACACACUUGCCUAGAUGCAGUUUAAUGGUCCACCUGUCAUAGUGAGAUUAAUGGCCUCGUGGUCAAGAGCAUCAGCUUUUAUUUUUGUUCAGCUCUUACGGAGACCGUUUGUUCCUAUCCUAUGUCUGAGCUGCUCCCUCCGUCCCUGCAAACUGUGGGUUGGUUCCGUUGUCUGUGUGCAUCUGCAGACGCAGGAUGCAUAGAGACCAAAUAACUAGUUUGUCUGUGAAUGGCCGUGGUGGAUCCUCUCAAGCAUGACCGACGCUGGUCAUUAUAUGUGUGCGUGCGUGUGUCUCAGACCUGUCCACGCCAAGGUAAACAGAAUCUGGCCAAAUUACCCAGCAUCCUCUAGUCUAUUCAGACCGGUGAUAGGGAGAGGAGACGCCCACUGAACCAUACUCAGCCGAGCAGAGCAGCCUUAUUUUAAUACCCCAAAAGCCUUUCUCUUUCCAACACUCCAACAGAUACACACACACACACACUCCCCUGCUGUGAAUCAACAACAUUUCAUGUAGCUUAACCCUCCUCCCCCAAAACUCCCCUCCUUCACCAGACAGUAAAUUAAGGCGAUGGCACCAGCAGAGGUGAGGUGAUGCAGAAGAUAGAGCAAUAAAAUACUAUUAUUCUAUGUCUCUCCCGUUUAAACUCCUAUUUUUUUAAAGGUCAGAUGCAGUGCUUUCCUCCACACAAAUACUGUCUGACAAUUCUACAAAAGAUUCAAAUUAAAACAAAUAACUAUUUUGCAUGCAACAGUGUGUGAUUAUUUUAUGUGAAGUUCACAGAUGUUACUGAUUGAGAACAGUAUUCCUGGCCGUUUUGAAUAUGGCAAUGUGCCAACUAAAGAUCUAGCAGAUGCAUUCAGCCAUGCACAACAAUGCAAUUAGAAAACACAAAUAUAGCAUGCAUUCUGCUCUUCAGAGAGCUUAGGAAAUAUAGGCUUAACAAACAAAACCUCUAGUGGAUGCUGGUUACAAAUACUGAGUUCAGAAUGUGAACGUUUUUUUCAGCUCUAAAAAUAAGAUGAGUAGCUGCCGAGCUCAUACAUUUUUUAUCAAACGCUGCAUUUAUUCAUGACGCUGGAAUUCAGUGUCACAGCUGUGUUGACAAGCAAGCUUGCAAACACACACACACACAGUCCACCCCAUUCUUACACUGUAUGGGAACAUUAGUCCUUGUAUCCUCUCACGUCCCCGGCCCUGCUAUGUCACUGUGGUCUCUGUCUUCUCCCCUGUCACACUGGCUACAGAGGUGAUGAGGACAGAACAUUUCAAUUCCUACAGCUACACACACACACACACACACACACCCCGGCAUAUGGAUGGAGUCAUGCCUAUAGUUAGUGGACAGACAUGACUAAAUCCUUCAGGCUUACACUUCAGGGAGUUAACUCACUCUGAUAAAUGUCAUACCAUUUACUGUCCCUGCUAGGGAAUGAUAGUAGUAACCCACAUUAAUACGAGGUGAGAACGUUGCUCUCAUUAGAUCUGUGUGUUGCACCAUGGUCGCUGACUUGUUAAGUAAAGAAAGCAUGAGUUGGGCAACAUUAGGCGUUAUACAUUUUUAUAUAGUAAAACUGUCAGUGGUAAGUUGAAAACAGGUGGGGGGAACCAAGGAGAAUUCCCUGCAGUUUAUUUUAAUGUACUUGGAUGAGGCCCUACUGAGAACAUAAUGUUGUGAAUGGCUUGAUUAUUCAAUUAAGAGGCACUUGGCUGGUUCUAUUAAGGCCACUUACUUAUGUGAUUAUGGGUAAGUAUGGUGAGAAUCCCUAACACUAGUAUUAAGUCAUCGUUGCUUUGCUAGUCAUGUCUGUUUAUAAUCUCUAACACUAGCAUCAAGUCAGUGUUGCUCGGCCAGUCGUGUGUUUGUUUGUUAAGUCAUCUUCCCUCGGCUAGUCAUGUCUGUUUGUGUUUUGAACCGCAGGGUGUGGCCAUUGUAAGAAGAUGAAGCCAGAGUAUGAGGAAGCCGCUGAAUACCUCAACAAAGACAAAAAUGUAAGUACAAUGAUGGUGUAUGUAACAUAGUGCUUGUGAUGUGUGUGUCUGUGUGUUUAUAUGUAUGUGCAUACUUCUGUUGAAGCCUUGCAACACCUUGCGACACCAACUUAUUCCAAACCCCAGCUGUGAGAUAUUACCUGAAGUGAACACCAGAACAAAGCGUUAAACCCAUCUACUUGGCUGGUGCAGUCAGUCUGACACAAGAGCCUGGCUGCCAGAGCUCCUGAUGUGUUUCUGAUUAACUGGGUGUGUCUGCCCUCUUCACUGUGGUAUUGCUCAGCCCAGAGCCAGGGCCAAUAAAAAUCACCAGAGAUCGCCUCGUGAUUGGAACAAUUAUCUCAUCCCUCCCCAACCUGCUUUGAUAUGCUCUGCUCCUCUCCCCCGCUCUCCUCCUCUCUGCAACGCUGCUGGGUUUUUCACACUCAAUAGUUUCCCGUGUGUAUCAAGAAUGGUCCACCACACAAAGGACAUCCAGCUAGCUUGACAGAACUGUGGGAGGCAUUGGAGUCAACAUGGGCCAGCAUCCCUGUGGAAUGCUUUCGACAACUUAUAGAGUCCAUGCCCCGACGAAUUGAGGCUGUUCUAAGGGCAAAGGGGAGGGGGGGGUGGUUGGUUGAGUUGACCUUUAAGUCCUGUGAUCCAGUCAGAACUAGCUGAUCUAUUAUGUGAUGAUGGUGUUGUAUCCUGAUCUGACUCCUUUCCUCUUGAUGCUCCAGAGCCCUGGGGUUCUGGCAGCCGUGGACACCACCAUUCACAAGGUGGUGGGAGACCGUUUCAAGAUCUCCGGCUUCCCCACCGUCAAGUACUUUGAGAAGGGAGAGGAGAAGUUCACGCUACCCCACCUUAGGAGCAAGGACAAGAUCAUCGAAUAUCUGCAGAAGUGAGCCAUGUUCUUCUAUAGUACCGUGUCCUUCCAUAUGGGUCAACAUAAGCCUGGUCCCAGAUCUGUUUGUGCUAUUUUGCCAACUCCUAGUCAUCGUCUCAGCACAAACAGAUCUGGGACCAGGCUAGGACCAGGUCAACAUACCAGUUUAGGAUUAGUUUAUGUAGAUAUGGGCUUAAACUGAGGCAGUUUUCUCUAUUUCUGGAGUCAUCAGUUUUGGUGUGUGUAAUACUACUACAUCAAGUCCAUGAAGGGGUGUGUUAGGGUUCAGGCUGACGCAUCACAUUCUCUGCUGAGCUUAACUGUAGUCAGGUCUAGAUAUAUGAUGCCUGCUGUAUCUCCAGUGGACUAGGAAGUCUUGAGAGAUCAAGAGGAUGUUAGAGGGUGCAAAUGAACAACAGUAGGGUGCUUUGAGGGUGUUUUACUAUACUGCUAGUUGCAGCAACAUAAUGCUCAUGUUUUGUAUUGUUGGAACCCUCAAGGUUUUAACAAUAAAACAUAGAUUUUUCAAAUAAACUUCCAUUGAGCUAGUGCUACCAAAAGUUGCUGAAUGUCUUUUCUUUUCAAACUGAUCCACUGUUCAUGUACCUUGGUUUGAGUGUGACCCCUCUGUCCCCCUCCAGCCCCCAGGCGCCCCCUCCCCCAGAGCAGUCCUGGGAAGACAAGCCGUCAAGUGUCAGCCAUCUUGGAAUGGAGGACUUCAGGGAAGCGUUGAAGAAGAAGAAGCAUUCCCUCGUUAUGUUCUACGCACCA